GGUAUUCACCGCCGGUUUUUUCCCCUUCGUCGCCGACCCCACUGAGGCGGUUUUCCCCUGUGUGUUUUUCUGAAAGCGAGGUCCACUCACAGGACCGAAAGCGGCUACUGUUAAAAAGUAAAAGAGUAAUUAUUAAUUAGGAACUGUGUGGAGAUCAAGAAGUCCCCACGAAGACCCUCGAAACUGUCAGUACAGCUGCAGAAGAGAGUUUUCUUUCUCCAUUUCAGGCAGACUCCGCUGGGCGAGGAGACUUCCUUAAGACGAAAAACAGCAGAAACAAGAAUACCUACUUCGGCAAGAUGGGUCGCAUCACAGUGGAGCUGCUCCGCCGCCGGGCCGAGCACAACGAAGGCUGCCUCUCCAACCUCAAGGAGAUCGCCCUGCAUCAACAGGACAUUGAGAAGAUCGAGCUCAUCGGCGAUGCCUGCCGCCAACUCGAGAUCCUUUACCUCUGCAACAACUACAUUGGGAAAAUUGAAGGGCUGCGACACCUCAAGUGGCUCACGUACCUCAACUUAGCGGUGAACAACAUCACCGUGAUUGAGGGUCUGCAGGGCUGCGAGGCACUGGAGCGACUGGACCUGACGUUAAACUUCAUUGCGGACAUGACCUGUGUGGAAAGCCUGCUGGCGAAUCCGUUCCUGGCCUCCCUGCACCUGACCGGCAACCCAUGCACCAAGACGGAGGGCUACCGCGCCUACGUGGUGCACACGCUGCCACAGCUGAAAGAGUUAGACGGCGACGAGGUGAUUCGAGCAGAGCGCAUCACCGCGCGUCAGGCCGAGGAUGUGGUGGUCGAGGUGGCGCAGGAGGAGGCGGUCAAAGCGCGCGAGGCGGAGCGGAUCAAGCAGGAGAUGCUAGCGCGAGGCAUCGACCCUUUCCCGCCAAAGUUCAACGAGCAGGGCGAGCGGGUUUACGGGCACACGCCGGAGGAGCGGCUGCAGAUGCUGCAGGAGCAGAAGGCGCAAGAGCGGCGGCAGAAGGAGGAGCAGGCCAACCCGCAGCCGGGUAGCAUCGCCGCCGUGCACAAGGAGCUGCGCGAACAGCCGCAGCACGGCGGAGCGCGACUCACACCCGAGGCCGAAAAGGAGAAGUUCGGUCGUCUCCUUUUACGCAACGAGGGCCGUGUUCCCUUUCACAUGGAUGAGGACGCCGCGGAGGAGUUCGUCCUGACCGUCGAGCCGGGCAAGUUCAUCUCCACAACGUUGCUCGCCGUGACCGUGGAGGUCGACGUGAUCCGCGUCACCAUCAAAGGCAAACUCCUGCAGGUGCCGGUGGCGGAGGAACUGGCGGCGGACGCGGUGCGAGUGCAGCGCUCGGCAACAACGGGUCAGUUGAAAAUAACGGUGCCGUACGCGCCGGAGGUGCGGGAGCGACGGGUGAGUGCGCGAGGGCGAUGGGAGCGUCUGCGCGGCGCGACGCCCGCCUCCGAGGGCGAGACGACGACUGCCGCUGCUGCAGCGGGACCGGUAGCAGAAAAGAACAAGACGAGCCACAACACACCGUCCUGCGCUGCUCCGCCUUCGCCAACGACGCGGUCUACUUUAUUAGACAUUGAGAAGCGCUUGAGUGGAACGAAGGGGGAUGCGGCAGCGCAGAGUGCGUUGGCUGGAGCGGCGGAAAAGGCCAGCCGUCCCGACGCUUCCAAGGGGAACGCCGUGAGGUUAGUGGAGGAGAUGGCGACCUUCUCUACUUCCGCUCAGGAGAGCGAAAACACCGGUACCGCAGCAGGACCUCCCGAUCGCAGUAAUGAGGGCAACCACUGGGACGACCUUGAUUAA